AUGAUUCUGCUGAUAGCAUGUGCAUCGAGUGAGAAGGUGCGUUUCGAUAAUUACUCUCUAUACAAAAUAUUUCCCCAAAAUGAACAACAAGUCAGAGUUCUUCAAGACUUAUACAAUAAAGAAACACAGUACGAUUUUUGGAAUCAUCCCACGAUGUCUGCGGAAUACGUAAACGUUUUGUCAAGUCCUCUAGAUAGAAGCCGGUUGGAAAGUUUCCUGAAUAAGACUGACAUGAAAUUUGUUAUUACAAUAGAAAAUGUUCAAGAAAUAAUCGACAACCAAUUUGUCUCAAAUUAUACACGAAAUAAUAUCCGAAGUAUGUCAUGGAGUAGAUAUUAUGAUUUAGAUAGCAUUAAUGCAUGGCUGGAAGAUCUGAAGGAUGCGUACUCCAACAUAGUAACACUGAUUACUGGUGGCCAAUCAUACGAAAGCCGUGACAUAAAAGGAAUAAAAUUAUCUCAUGGAUCAGGACGAAGGGCGAUAUUUAUCGAAGGUGGUAUUCACUCUAGAGAAUGGAUCUCACCAGCCACUGUCUGUUAUAUAAUUAACGAACUGCUUACAAGUGACGACCCGGAAACUAAGGCUGCUGCUAUUGAUUUUGAUUGGUAUAUAUUUCCAGUUACAAAUCCCGAUGGCUACGUUUGGACUCACGAAGUGGACAGAUUGUGGCGUAAAAACCGUCGGCCUUUUGGCUCCGAAUUCGGAGUAGACUUGAACAGAAACUGGAACAACAAUUGGCUUGUUGCAGGGUCCAGUAGCAACCCUGCUUCAAACAAUUUUGCUGGACUAGGACCUUUCUCAGAACCAGAGUCUAGAUCUCUCUCCACUUAUCUUAGGACUAUUGGAGACCAAAUCGACUUAUACCUUUCAUUUCAUUCCUUCGGCCAUCUUCUUUUAUUGCCUUUUGGUAAUACAACAGAACCUUUGGCAAAUUACCAGGAUGCAAUCAACAUUGGUAGAAGAGCUAUGGGGGCACUAUCGGUUCGUUAUGAAACAAGUUACGUUACUGGCAACAUUGCUGAAGCUAUUUAUCUUGCGACUGGAGGUAGUGUCGAUUGGGUGAAAGAACAUCUCAACGUCCCGCUGGUAUAUUGCUAUGAAUUACGCGAUGAUGGUAACUAUGGAUUCUUACUACCAGAGGAGCAAAUUCUGCCAAACAAUGAAGAAGUCAUGGACUCGCUACUAGAAUUAAUACACCAAGCGAAACGUUUUGGGUAUAUGAGUAAUGCACCUCAUCUUACAACUUCUUUGACGACACUCGUAGCUUUAUUGUUAACAUUUGUUUUUCAAGUUAAUUAUUACAAUUGA